CUGUUCUCCCACUUCCGGGAGGGCAGGAGAAGGGCGACGGUCUAGGCGUCCUACCUCUGUACACUUCCGCCGGCGGGCCCGGUUCGCGUUACGUGAGCGCAGCGGGCCGGAGCGUCGGCGGACUCCGCGUUUUCCGAGCCGGUCGGGCCUGAGCGCCGCCGCUGCCAUGCUGCUCUCGUGCUUCCCGGAGCUGUACUUCAACGUGGACAGCGGCUACCUGGAGGGGCUGGUGCGCGGCUUCAAGGCCGGCGUCCUCAGCCAGGCGGACUACGUCAACCUGGUGCAGUGCGAGAGCCUCGAAGAUCUGAAACUUCACCUCCAGAGCACAGACUAUGGGAACUUCCUUGCAAAUGAAGCCUCUCCUCUCACAGUAUCUGUCAUUGAUGACAAGCUGAAGGAGAAGAUGGUGGUGGAGUUCCGCCACAUGAGGAAUCACGCUUACGAGCCCCUGGCCAGCUUCCUGGACUUCAUAACGUACAGCUACAUGAUCGACAACGUCAUCCUCCUGAUCACGGGGACACUGCAUCAGCGCUCCAUUGCGGAGCUGGUGCCCAAGUGUCACCCCCUGGGGAGCUUCGAGCAGAUGGAGGCCGUGAACAUCGCCCAGACCCCGGCCGAGCUCUACAGCGCCAUCCUUGUGGACACGCCCCUGGCUGCCUUUUUCCAAGACUGCAUAUCUGAACAAGACCUGGAUGAAAUGAACAUUGAAAUAAUUCGGAACACACUGUACAAGGCUUACCUCGAGUCCUUCUACAAGUUCUGCAAGAUGCUCAGUGGCACAACGGCAGAUGCCAUGUGCCCCAUCCUGGAGUUCGAAGCUGACCGCAGAGCCUUCAUCAUCACCAUCAACUCCUUUGGCACAGAGCUGUCCAAGGAAGACCGCGCAAAGCUCUUCCCGCACUGUGGCAAACUUUAUCCUGAAGGUCUGGCCCAGCUUGCAAGAGCCGAUGAUUAUGAGCAAGUCAAAGCCGUGGCUGAUUACUACCCGGAAUAUAAAUUGCUGUUUGAAGGAGCAGGUAGCAAUCCUGGAGACAAGACGCUGGAGGACAGAUUCUUUGAGCACGAGGUGAAGCUGAACAAGCUGGCAUUCCUGAACCAGUUCCACUUCGGUGUCUUCUACGCCUUCGUGAAGCUGAAGGAGCAGGAGUGCCGCAACAUCGUAUGGAUUGCGGAAUGCAUCGCCCAGCGCCACCGAGCAAAGAUUGACAACUACAUUCCCAUCUUCUAAGUACUUCCUGCCUGCCUGCCUGGCAAAGCUCCCAGAUUCCUGGCACCCCAUCCUGUCCCGAAGGUAGCUCUUUAGGAAAGGGAGGCUGCUGUCAGGACACUCAAGGCCCCCUGGCUCUCAUGGAGGGUCCCGUCCCCCCCAUAGUUGUAACAUGUCACUGUAUGUGCUGUGUGUCGAUCGGCCUCAGUUGUUCUGUCUUGCCAGAAGUGUGUCCUGCUCAGAGGAAGGGCUGGGUUGCGAGGCUCCUGAACACCAGCCCUGGAUUGUGUCUGGACAUGAUGAAGCGAGGAGCGCGUGUCUGCACAGGGUGCAUCCGGGGACGGGUUGUGCUGCCCCCUUGAACUGCCUUUGCUCUCCUGGCUCUGCUACCCCAGGACCGUGGAGGAGCCAGUCCUGCAGUGGACAGGGGUGGUCUUCACAGAAGGCCCUUCUAGAACCCAGGACUCCACUUCUUGAAAGGCCCACUGGCAGGGCUGGCGGGCCCUGGGGUGCGGUGGCACUUCCACUGAGUGGGCAGUCCCCUGGGUUCAGGGUUGUCUGCAUGCGGCCUUCCCCUGCCCCCCAUGCUAGUGGCCCUGGAAGACCAGGCCCUUACCUGGGGAAGUGUGGGAAAUGGGCAUGCUGGAAGGAGCAGGGCCUUCCUGGCAGCGGCUUGUCAUCUGGCGCUCCCUAGAAGACUCUGCACCCUUGUUCAUGCGGCUCUUUUCCAGGGUGCUGUUCCCAAAUGCUUCCCAAAGGAAGGGGCAGCUCCUCUCCAUCCUCUGUCAGGCCUAGAAGGUGCAGGGCAACUCAGAACGUCCCCCGAGCCCAUGGAAAUGGGAGGAGGCAGCCAUUUCCCAGCUUCUUGCUGGGCUCCGGCCUUGCUGCUCUACUCUAGGCUGCAGGGCCAUGCCUGGGAAUGGCCCCACCAGGAAGAUCAGACCAUAUCCAAAGCCGGACUGGAGUGCCCCAGGCUUUCCUGGCUGUCGUCUUCUGCCAGGAGUUAGCUGAAGUCCCCAGGCUCUGUGGCCGGCUCCAGACAUGACCCCUGUGGCUCUCCACGUGCUGCUCGUUGCUUCCCAUCCCUCCCCCGCUCUUGCCAUCCCUGCUGCUUUUCAGCGGGACGGCUGUGCCUCCACCUGGGAACCGAUCCUGGUCUUGGAGAAGCAGCUCCCCAGCUGCCCAGGCCCUGGCCUCUGUCCCUCUAGCACGAGGAAGUGCUGCAGCCUGCUGGAGGAGGAGGAGGAGGCGGCCUUUCCUGGCUGAUGUGUUUUUGAAGAGAAUAUUUCAAGCCUCUGUCCAAGAGGUGCUUCAGCUCCAUGACUCAACUGCGCUCCACGUGUUUGCCUGCUGCUUAUUUCCCUCUCUAAGGUGUGAUAAUAAAUUACCUCCCGAAACAAA